AUGAAUGUCUUUGGGUUAUGUGUGACUGUUAUAGUUUUCGGGAUUUCAGUAGAAGCUCAGCUCAAUUCCACCUGCAAUUCGAAUGAUUCCAUGAUAUUGAAGCGUUUCAUGAACGGAAUGGAAACCGCCAUUGAUGGAUGGACCUCGAAUUCUUCCAAUUGCUGUGAUUGGGAUGGUAUUACUUGCGAUUCCUCCGGUAAGGUUGUCAAAUUGGAACUGUCACGAAAAAGAUUAGUCGGUACUUUGGCUGAUUCACUGGCUAGUUUAAACCAACUUAGAACCCUAAAUCUCUCUCGUAAUCUACUCAAAGGCAAUCUUCUCACUUCACUCUUUCACUUGCCCCAUUUGGAAAUUCUCGAUUUGAGUGCCAAUGAGUUUUCUGGGUCGUUCCCAUCAAGCGUAAACUUACCUUCGAUCCAAUUGUUAGACCUUUCUGAUAAUAACCUCGAAGGUCCAAUCGCACCAGGCUUGUGCAUCAACUCCACUGGAGUUAAGGAGCUUAAAUUAGGGGUGAAUUACUUUAAUGGCGAGAUCCCACCAGAAUUUGAGAAUUGUAGCUUCUUAGAACAUCUUUGCCUAGAUGCAAAUCUCGUUUCUGGGAUCAUACCAGAAUAUCUGUUCAAGUUACCUAGAUUGCUUCGAUUAUCUCUCCAAGAUAACAAUAUAAUCGGUCAGCUACACAAUACUAAUCCUUCAAAUCUUGUUUACUUCGAUGUUUCCUUGAAUCUAAUUUCAGGAAAUCUACCUGAUUUCUUUCAUACAUUUCCAAAUUUAAGCUAUUUCGCUGCUCAUUCGAACAAUCUUUUUGGUAGGAUACCCCCGUCAUUGUUGAAUUCCGGAAGCAUUUCUUCGCUUAUCUUAAGAAACAAUUCGCUCAUUGGUUCAAUCGAUAUAAACUGCUCAGCAAUGAUAAGCCUUACGUUUCUUGAUUUAGCCGAUAACAAAUUUCUGGGCACCAUUCCUGAUAAUCUUCCCGCCUGCCCAAAAUUAAAAAUGAUCGAUCUUGGUGGGAACAAUCUCACUGGACAAAUCCCAGAAACCUUCAAAAGAUUCGAAUCUUUAUCUUAUCUUUCACUCUCAAUGUGCAAGUUGAACAACCUCUCGGGUUCCCUAAAUGUUCUUCAACAUUGCCCGAAUCUAACCACCUUAGUCCUUGGUGGAAGCUUUGACAAUGAAGAAAUCCCAUCUGAUUCCAAUAUACAAUUCAAAUCGCUCAAAACCCUCGUGAUCCCAAACUGCAAACUCACCGGUAAAAUCCCCAAUUGGUUAAACGGAUUAACAAAACUCAGGAUCUUGGAUUUGUCAUGGAACCAAUUAAACGGACCAAUUCCACCCUUUUUAGGAAACUUAUCAUCUAUCGUUUACCUUGAUUUAUCGAACAACUUUUUAGAUGGAAAGAUUCCAAAAACCCUAACUCAAUUACCGGGUCUCCGAUCCCAUAACAUCUCGUUUGAAGUUUUCCUCGACUUUCCUAUAUUCAUGAGGCGAGCCAUGAACGGGAAAGUUUUAUAUUACAGCUACGGAAUUCGAUUCCCGCCAACUUUAGAUCUGAGUAACAACUUUCUGACCGGAGAAAUCUCACCAGAGUUUGGGAAUCUGAAAAACUUACAUAUUUUGAAUCUGAAAUAUAACGAGUUAUCGGGUAGUAUUCCAGAAAAUUUAGCGAAUUUGAGCAGCAUUGAGAGUAUUGAUUUGUCUCAUAAUGAUUUGUGUGGGGAGAUACCUGUAUCUUUGGUGAGAUUGGGGAUGUUGUCCAAGUUUAGUGUCGCGUAUAAUAAUCUUACAGGGAUUAUUCCUUCCGGAGGACAAUUUUCGACCUUUUCAAGCUCUAGCUUUGAAGGGAACCCGGGUUUAUGUGGUGAAUUUGUUUUAAACUGUCGCGAAGUUGAAGAUCUGUUGGAAAAACAAGAAUCUGAGGAGGAUGAGGAGGAGGAAGAGACGAUGAUUGGGAUACUAAAAGAACCGAUAAAUUUGAGUAAUGUUCAUCGUUUCUACUAUAUUCAAUUAACAGUGUCAGUCAUGGUGUCUUGAGGCCAUUGCAAAUUGUACAGGAAAAUGCUUAAAGCUGAAUAUGGUUGGUGAGAAUACAUCGACUCAUUAUUGUAGUGGUGACGAACAUUAGCAAGAGAACUAAUCAAAUUGAUUAGCCUCCUUUUCCAAUUCCACUUCCAUGAGACAAUUUUUGGGCAGACACAACACGCCUAUGAGAAAACAAGCAAUUUUUAUCCGAUUCAAUGAUGUAAGACGAGGGAAUCUAUCUAUCUUUUCAGGCAAUAUUGUCUAGCCACCUAUCUUUCUGAUGAUACGUAAAAUAAAAGAUUCCUUUUAUGGGUGUAAAUCGUUUCGACCCGGACCUGUAGGAAGGCUUCUGGAUAUCGUCAUCAUUUUAGAGGGGCUAUGAGCUGUAAAAACACAAGAAACAAUCAACAGAUGAGGGAUUAGGAAGUCAGUAAUAAUUCAUCGGAUGACGAUUCUCCGUAGGUAACUUCAUAUUUUAUAUGAAGUUUUACGCCACUUUCCCGGGUAGGAUUAGAACGAUUUUGUCAAAAAAAGGUUAUGAUUUGCGUAG